AUCCAUCCACCAUUUGCCUGCUCUCCUCGCCGUGUCCCAGGCCAGAAUCACACCACAGGGAUGUCCCCAACACCGCCACCGCCACACACGCUGCCCGGCUCCUCCCAAUCAAUCGGCCGCCGCCUCGUCCACGCCCGCGCUCCGGGCUCCAGCAUUUCGACGAACACGUCCGCGGCCGCAGCCAUGGCCGCGCUCCUCCUAUCCUCCCGCCUCCCAACGACCACCAGCAGCAGCAGCACUACAGCGGCAUCCACCCGCCCCGCUCCCCGCUUACUCUCCUUCCGCAAAACCUCCACCACCGCCGCCGCUCGCCGCCGCGGCCGGGGCCCGCUCCUCGCCUCCUCCGCGGCUGCGCCGGCCCCGGUGGCGCAGCCCUUCCGCGCGCUGCCGGCCUCCGAGACCACGGUCCUCGUCACGGGCGCCACGGGCUACAUCGGCCGCUACGUGGUCCGGGAGCUCCUCCGCCGGGGCCACCGCGUGCUCGCCGUGGCGCGGGCCCGGAGCGGCAUCCGCGGCCGCAACUCCCCCGAGGACGUCGUCGCGGACCUCGCCCCGGCCCAGGUCGUCUUCUCCGACGUCACCGACCCGGACGUCCUGCUCGCGGACCUCUCCGCGCACGGGCCCGUCCACGCCGCCGUCUGCUGCCUCGCCAGCCGUGGCGGCGGCGUGCAGGACUCGUGGCGCGUCGACUACCGCGCCACGCUGCACACGCUCCAGGCCGCGCGCGGGCUGGGGGCCGCCCACUUCGUGCUCCUCUCCGCCAUCUGCGUCCAGAAGCCGCUCCUCGAGUUCCAGCGCGCCAAGCUCAAGUUCGAGGAGGAACUCGCCGCCGAGGCCGCGCGGGACCCCUCCUUCACCUACAGCAUCGUGCGCCCCACGGCGUUCUUCAAGAGCCUCGGCGGCCAGGUCGACAUCGUCAAGAACGGGCAGCCGUACGUCAUGUUCGGCGACGGCAAGCUCUGCGCCUGCAAGCCCAUCAGCGAGGAGGACCUCGCCGCGUUCAUCGCCGACUGCAUCUACGACGAGGACAAUAUCAACAAGGUGCUGCCCAUUGGCGGGCCGGGGAAGGCGCUCACGCCGCUGGAGCAGGGGGAGAUGCUGUUCCGGCUGGUCGGGCGCGAGCCCAAGUUCAUCAAGGUGCCGAUCCAGAUUAUGGACGCCGUCAUCUGGGUGCUCGAUGGAUUGGCCAAGCUGUUCCCGGGGCUGGAGGACGCCGCCGAGUUCGGCAAGAUUGGCAGGUACUAUGCCUCGGAGAGCAUGCUGUUGCUGGACCCGGAGACCGGGGAGUACAGCGACGAGAAGACGCCGAGCUAUGGCAAGGACACGCUCGAGCAAUUCUUCGAAAGAGUGUUACGGGAAGGGAUGGCAGGGCAGGAGCUCGGCGAGCAAACAAUCUUCUAGGCCUUCUCCAUUGCCGGUUUCCGGGGAAGGAGCUUGUAAAUUCUGGUUCGACAAUGUAGAGAGGUGAGGUUUUUGACUUGCUGAUGAUGCAAACACAGCCUACUAUUUGAUUGUACCAUAGUCAAUGCAUUGUCUAAUUUGAAGGAAGAGAAAUUUUGCUCCCUUAAA